UAGGCUUCCAAUAUGCCUGCGCGCGCAAAUCGGGUAGCGACAGUCACGCUGCCACUGUCUCGCUUUGUGAAACACUAUGGACGCAAGACUGUUGUUGAGUGAGAGAGAAGUGUGAACGACUUCAAAAACAAUCCCAUCGCUAAGAUACAGACGAGAAAAAGCAAAAGCUGCUGUUUACUGGAACAUCUCAAUGGAUGUGAAAUUGGACACCUGUGAUGUGGAUGCAAAUAUCAUGGAGAAAACUGUAAAUAUUAAGGAGGAGGACUGUGAGUGGGAGUCCAUCUACCUUAAACAGGAAAGUCUGAGCAUCAAGGAGGACAGUGAACUGCAGCCAGUGAGCAUUAAAGAACCACCUGAAGAGAAGUCUGUCAGUAUUGAGACACAUACCCAUACAAAUAUGGACAGUGUAAAAGAAGAUAACCUUCAAGAUGUAGUGGUCACCAGGUUAGACUCUUCUCAUAGCAAACACUGUUCAUCUCCAGAGCCUUCUAUUAAUAUGAAGUCUGAAUCAUUAGAGUCUGAACUAAAGAGGGCUGUGGAAACUACAUCUGUUACAGCUCAGGAAAAUAAACAACCACCUUCAAAGAAGUCUGGAAAAAGAAAGAAAGAUCAAUGCAGUGUGGAAUGUGGCAGAGAAUUCUCUAACAGGAGUGCUCUUCAGAAACACACGGGAGAGAAGCCAUAUUGCUGUGAUGAAUGUGGUAAACAGUUUUCACAGAUGGGUAAUCUACAGAAUCACAUGAGUGUUCACACUGGGGAGAAGACUUAUUGCUGUAAUGAAUGUGGCAAACAGUUUUCAGAGAUGGCGAGUCUACAGCACCACACAAGAGUUCACACUGGAGAAAAGCCGUAUUGCUGUAAUGAAUGUGGUAAACCGUUUUCACAUAUGAGCAAUCUUCAGAAACACACAAGAGAUCACACCAGAGAGAAGCUGUAUUGCUGUAAUGAAUGUGGCAAACAGUUUUCACUAAAAGGCUAUCUUCAGAGACACACAAGAUCUUCAGAGACACACAAGAGUUCACAACAGAAUAAAAAGAGUAGCAGUUCAAAAAUCAGUCCAGAAAAACAAGAACCCUUCAGGACUGAAGAGUGA